AUCAGUUACGCCUGGCUCAAUCUAGCCGAGACAGAAUGCCACUGACUCACAGUUCCUUCUGGUGAUGUCCUACGCUAAUCUACCGUGCAUCACAAACAUAUUCUUUUUGACAUCCACCAGCGGAGAAAAUCAAGCCCAUUGGAUCUCCCCGCUCGAACUUCUUGUCCUCUCUUUCUUUCGACCGACUCUUCCACUACCGACCUUUUAGACAUAUAAAUUCUCAACUGGAGUAGCUGGUGACAGCAAUAUUCCGCAGCCACCAUGUUGGCGAAGGGGAGAGGAGCGAAGAUCAGAGCCCCAAGACGAGGGCUCACAAAAGAAGAGGUCGACUUCGACCAGACAUGGGGCACCCUUUCCACGGCCUUCACCGAAAUCCACAGCAAAAACAGUUCAAGAUUAUCUUUCGAGGAGCUCUUCCGAAAUGCCUACAAGUUGGUCCUUAAGAAAAAACAAGAUGUCCUCUAUGACCGCGUAGUUGACUUGGAAAAGACAUGGCUGAAGGAUACCGUCUCCUCGCGCAUCUCUACAUUCGUCACCCCAGCCUUGUCAUACGAUUCCUCCGAACAGGCCAGCGGAGUCCAGUCAAAUGAACGAAGGAUUGCGGGAGAGCGUUUUAUCAGGACGCUAAAAGAUGCCUUUGCUGAUCAUCAGCUCUGCAUGGGCAUGAUCACAGACGUCCUCAUGUACAUGGAUCGCGUCUAUAGUCAAGAUCAACGCAGACCCUCCAUCUACGCAAUGGCUAUGACUCUAUUCCUCACACAAGUUCUCAAGCAUCCCUUGUCAAAUGACCAUGAUGUUCUGUCCUUGUUGGAGACGGUCCUGCUCGACAUGAUUGAGAUGGAACGGAAAGGCGAAGUCAUUGACCGCACCCUUGUUCGUUCAUGCUGUUUCAUGUUGGAGGGACUAUACUCGACUUUCACGGAAGAAGAAUCAAGCAAACUCUAUCUUCGAUCAUUCGAGCCAAAAUUCCUCAAAGCAAGCAUUGAAUUUUAUCGCCUAGAAGGCCAGUCUCUAGUUGCUGAGGCAGAUGCCAGCUCUUUCUGUUCUCAUGCUCAACAAAGACUGAAGGAAGAGGAGGAAAGAUGCCAGCAGACCAUAUCUCCCAUCACAGAACCGCGGAUCAAACGAGUGGUGGACGAACACCUUAUCCUUGCACACAUUGCCGACGUCAUCAACAUGGAGGGCACGGGAGUCAAGAACAUGCUGGACAAUGACAAAGUUAAAGACCUCGCCAACGUCUAUGACCUAAUUGCCCGCGUUGACCCUCAGAAACUUGCCUUGAAAACGGCUGUACAGAAACGUGUCGUCGAAUUGGGCGAAGAGAUUAACAAGGCUGCCAGCGUUCCCGUCCAGCCCUCGGCACCGACCAAAACUUCAGCCAAGACGGCUGGCGACAGCAAGGCGCCCGGCGAAAAGAGCCUGAAUCAACAGACACAGGCUGCCAUUACAUGGGUCGAGCAGAUCUUGGAUCUGAAAAAGAAGUACGACAGACUCCUGAUAGAGGCGUUCAAAAAGGAUGCCACUCUCAGCCAGGCUCUAGAAGUCUCUUUUCAGGACUUUAUCAAUGACAACGAGCAGAGUCCGGAGCACCUUUCUCUUUUUCUCGACGAGUACCUCAAACGAGGAGGCAAGGAUAAGACCGAGGCCGAGAUUGACGCUCUUCUUGACGACGGCAUUCUGUUGCUCCAGUAUCUCGCGAACAAGGACAAAUUCGAAACGUACUACAAGAAGCAUAUGGCCAAGCGUCUCUUGAUGAAGAAGUCCGUUAGCCGAGACAUGGAAAGGCAGGUGCUCUCCAAAAUGAAGGUCAAGAUCGGAAAUCAAUUCACGCAGAAAUUGGAGGGGCUCAUUCGAGACACGGAACUCUCGGACAACCUGAAUGCUCUCUACAAAGAACAAGUGACUCGACAAGGCGAGGUCGACCCCAAGCGCAUCGACUUAGACUGUCGUGUGUUGACUACGACGGUAUGGCCGUUUGAGACAUUGUUCAAGAAAGACAACGAUGAAGGCACGAAUCGGUCAUACAUCUAUCCAGCAGAAAUCGAAUCAGUCAGAAAGAGUUUCCAACAAUUCUACCUUAGUAGGCACAACGGGCGGAAGCUCACAUGGAUGCCAAGCCUGGGGGACGCUGAUAUGCGAGCCGUCUUCACGACUGGCGGCAAAACUCGACGAUACGAGAUCAAUGUGUCAACGUACGGCAUGAUGGUGCUGAUGCUGUUCAAUGACCUUGCACCCAAAGCAAGCUUGUCGUUUGAGCAGAUUCAGGCUGAGACCAACAUUGAGACCCCGGACCUGAUCCGCAACCUCCAGUCAUUGUCGCUAGUGGCCAAAUGGCGGGUGUUGAAAAAGGAGCCAAUGAGCAAGGACAUCAAGCCGACAGAUUGUUUCUUUUUCAACGAGGCCUUUUCCAGUCAGUUCCUCAAGAUCAAAGUCAGCGUGGUGGCCGGAGGAAGCCGGGUGGAGAACUCUGAAGAGCGACGGGCGACGCAGGAGCGCAUCGACAAUGGCCGAGCACUCGUUAUAGAAGCGGCCAUCGUACGGAUCAUGAAGUCUCGCAAAAACCUGACGCACGGAGAACUUAUGAACCAGACCCUCGAGCAAGUGUCGGGACGGUUUCAACCGGACGUCAAUAUGAUCAAGAAGAGGAUCGAGUCUCUGAUCGACCGGGAGUACUUGGAACGGGGCGCAGACUUGGCCAAGCCGUCAUAUGUCUACAUGGCAUAAGGACGAGGCAUGUCUAACGCCUCGAUGCAUUGGAGCACUGAUCUUGACAUCAGAUCAGCACGAAUCCAAGCGUACCGGGGGGUGGCGAUGCGAUGCAGCGACAAAAGACGUGGCUGGAUAGAAUCACGAAAAUGAGCUAAUGAUCAGAACCAAACAUGUCACCAUGAUGACAGCAGCCAGGAGUGCAUUUAGCGACAGGUUGGGACAAGGCGGGACAGCGCCGUGCAUCUUUUGGAGUCAUGAACAUUCAGCAGGGCGUUUGGGGAACGGCAGCAGCAAUUGGGUCAGAUGUGCCAGACGAACCAUGCGAUGCAUUGGUCGGUCGAACGGCUGUGUGUAAAUAAACAUACACGCGUCUCCCUCUUACUUGGCACUUGCAUUGCGCAUAUAUGUAUCUUAGGUGGCCCGGCCAGUCUCAUGAAUGAGAUAUUCUUUCCAAAGA